AGUAGAAACAUUAUAGUCGGAGAGACUUAAGUCGAUACCAGGUAGAUUAGUCUCCGGCACGCUCUUGCUCGAGGUAGUUUGCCGUUGCUCGCGUUUCGAUCCUCACGGUGGUUCCCCCGACUCCGAGGAGUUUAUCGGAAAAUAUUUGAUCGUCCAUUGAAUUCGGGAACGAUUCGAGUGCGGUGAUCGUUAGUCAACUCCCUUAAUAAUAAAUAAACAAUCAUCAGAACAACCCUACAACGACCAUGGAUCAACGAGUCAAUGAAACUUUUUACAUCGAACGAAGGAGCACAGUUCCCAUUAUUUACACGAGAGGGACUCACUACGAAAUCGGCUUCGACAUCGGACGAACAUUUUCCAGUAUAAUUAAUAAUUACGUAACGAUAUACGGGCCACUCAACGAAUAUAUAACGAUAUACGAAACUCCGGAGGGUCGUAAAAUCUACGAGGAAACAUUGGCGGCGGUGCAAAACCAAUUUCCUCAAUACGUCAGAGAAAUUGAGGGAACUGCAGAUGGCGCCAAAAUACCAUUCUUCAAACUCUUUUUGAUGCACCUCGAUGACAUUUUGCCAAUGGUCGCGAAAGGGGAGCAGGUCAACGAUCUUCCGACCGGGUGUUCAACGAUCGUCUGCAAUCAUCCUGGUCAAGAAAUCCUUGGCCACAACGAGGACGCUUUGUCCGAGACCAUGAACCACUGGUACCUCGUGAGCGCUCACGUAAUCGAGCCUGGGCUACGAGAAGAAAAAUUUACGUCCCUUAGCUAUGCUGGCUUCUUGCCUGGCUACACAAUGGGAUACAAUUUUCACGGUCUUGUCUACACCAUCAAUACACUCAGCGCGAAAAAUCUAAGAUCUGGCAAAACACCAAGAUAUUUUCUCACUCGCGCCCUCCUCGGCGUCGAGAAUUACGUCCAAGCUCAGCAGACCCUGAGGAACGUUGGAUUCGGUGCCGCCGAAGGAUUUUCCGUGAACAUGACCUUUCUCGUUCAGGAAGGCGAUCGAAUGUUUCACAACGCCGAGGUCGGACCCGCUGAACCGAAUAUCGACGAAUCUCAGUUGAGCAUGCUCACUGCCAGCCCGGGAGAGAACAUUUCACACUGUAACAAAUAUCUUCGCCUCAAAGUACCGGAAGUCACCGGUGAAAUAAUCGACAGCAGCGAACACAGAAUGGCUGCUAUUUGCAGGCAUCCGUUGCCAAAAACACGCGAUGAAGUGAUCGACAUUUUGAGCGAUCGUACUGACCAGGAAUACAGCGUUUACCAGGAAAUAAAACCCACCGAUUACGUCAAAACUAUCGCUACUGGCAUUUUCGAUUGCAUCGAAAGAACGUGGUCGAUUUACACGGACGUACCGAAAUACCACGAUCCGGUGGUGGUUUUGCCACUGCAGUUGAAGGAUUCCUUGGAGGCUUGUACGAAAAAUUCACGUACGGAGUAACUGCAGGCGAAGCAUACUAAAUCAAUAGUUGAAACAUUAUUUGCAUUUAUUUGAUCUCCAAUUAAAAAGGAUCUUCGUAUUCGUGUACGAAAAAUUAUUGCUGCGAUGAAAAAUGAAGUAUUUUAUUUUCUACGCAAUCGUGUAUAGCUUUUUAAAGGAUUUUAACACUAAAGAGAAAUUGAUUCAAGUCGAAUGUCGACGAGCUUUGAAAUAAGCCUUUUAAAAGACCUCGAAUAACUCAGUAAUUUUAAGAAUUGAGGAGUGCGGAAAGAGAAGAAAAUAUGUUUACAGAAAACGGCGCUAGAUGAGAAAAAAUAUAUAAUUUUUUACUAAAAACGA